AAAAAAAAAAAAAAAUCCAAUCUCAUUUAUGAUCCCUCUUCAAAUACCCAACCUUAAGGAUUACUAGUUUUAGCGCUCUAUGAUCCAUGGAGGUGGUGGUGUCAUCAUUCGCGUACCCUUUACUCCUUCUAGCUUUAGUUUUCAUCUCAAAACAUCUCUUCCUCAAAAGACAAAACCUUCCACCAAGUGGCCCUCUCGCCUUUCCCAUAAUUGGUCAUCUCUAUCUCUUCAAGAAGCCACUCUACCGCACCUUAGCUGAUAUCGCCGGCGUCUACGGUCCAAUCUUACUCCUCCGCUUCGGUUCUCGCCGUGUUCUCCUUGUCACUUCGCCGUCGGUAGCCGAGGAAUGCUUCACAACCAAUGACAUCGUCUUCGCCAAUCGCCCUCGCCUUCUCGUCGGGAAAUACUUGGGUUUCAAUUACACAAACAUCUCAUGGGCACCCUACGGCAACCAUUGGCGCAACCUCAGGCGCAUCUCAACCCUUGAAAUCUUCUCUUCUACCCGUCUUCAGAUGUUCUCUAAUGUACGGAUCAGUGAAGUACGGUCUCUAUUACGGCGACUCGCCGCCGUCAGCGGCGGAGAUACUUUUAGAACGUUAGAGAUGAAGUCCAUGUUUUUUGAGCUCACCCUUAACGUGAUGAUGAUGAUGAUUGCUGGAAAAAGGUAUUAUGGUGAUAAGGUGAUGGAUUUGGAAGAGGCAAGACGGUUUAGAGAAAUUGUGAAGGAAACGUUUGCUUUGGGUGGGGUUUCAAACUUCGGAGAUUUCUUGCCAGUGUUGAGGUGGGUUGGGGUUUUUAAGGGUUUGGAGAAGAAGUUGGUGAAUUUGCAGGGAAGGAGGACUGGGUUUCUGCAGGAAUUGAUUGAAGAGCAUAGGAUGGUGGGAACUAAGACACAACCAAAGGAGGAGAAGACGAAGACGAUGCUUGAUGUUCUAUUGUCACUGCAAGAAGCUGAACCACAUUACUACACCGACGAAAUUAUCAUUGGCAUUAUACUGACAUUACUAUCAGCUGGUACUGAUACUUCAGCAGGGACCAUGGAAUGGGCACUGUCACUAUUGUUGAACAAUCCAAAAGCCUUGAAAAAGGCCCAAGCUGAGAUCGAUGCUAAAGUAGGACAAGGCAGACUUCUUGAUGAAUCAGAUCUCGCCAAUCUCCCAUACCUCCUUUGCAUCAUAAAUGAGACACUUCGGAUGUACCCUGCUGCCCCACUACUAGUACCUCAUGAAUCAUCAAAAGAGUGCAUUGUAGAGGGGUUCACCGUACCACGUGACACAAUGCUAUUGGUGAACAUGUGGGCAAUCCAAAAUGACCCCAAAUCAUGGGUAGAGCCCACAAAGUUUUGGCCGGAGAGAAUGGAAGGAGUUGGAGGGGGAAAAGAUGGAUUCAAGUGGAUGCCAUUUGGGUCAGGGAGGAGGGGAUGUCCUGGGGAGGGUCUGGCAAUGCGUGUGGUUGGCUUAGCAUUAGGUUCAUUGAUUCAAUGCUUUGAUUGGGAGAGGGUUGGAGAAGAGAUGGUGGAUAUGGAAGAAGGCACUGGGCUCACUUUGCCCAAAGCUAAGCCAUUGGAGGCUAGAUGUAGGCCACGCUUAUCCACUUUGGGCCUCAUUUCGCAAUGUUGAACAAUUGGUUAUGGGCUUCGAUGAAGACAUUUCUUUUGUUUGAUCACUUUGUAUUUGGCUUUAUGGAUUAUGUGGAACUCUUUGCAAUCUAUUUCUCUAUAUACUGAAGUAUAUGUUUCACUUUAUAGAGACUCAUCAGGUUAGAUUCUCAAA